AUGACAAGGAGACAAUCAGCAGGGGUUAGAAGUAUAUCUACUUCAGAAGCCUCUCAGAGACUACAUGCAGAAGAUCUCAUUUAUGCUUAUUUAGUUGGUUUGUUUGAAGGAAAUGGAUAUUUUUCUAUUUCGAAAAAAAAUAAAUACUUAACGUAUGAAUUAGGUAUAGAGUUGUCUAUAAAAGAUGUUCAGUUAAUAUACAAAUUAAAGAAGUUAUUAGGUUUAGGUAUGUUUUUAAUUAGUGCAGUAAUACUAGUUUUAACUGCUUUCUAUCCUAGAAAAGUAUUUAUUAAAGAACAAUCAUCUUUUUUUAAACUGUUAACUACUAAAUUAACAUAUGACAAAAAUACUAUUGCAAAUAAAACAUCAGAACAGUUCCGUAUAAUAGAAUACGCACUUAUAAUAGUAUUUAUUUUAUGUGGAGCCGUAUUUUUAAUGAGUACUGCUGAUUUAAUUUCUGUGUUCUUGUCUAUAGAACUACAAAGUUACGGUUUAUAUAUACUUUCUACUUUAUACAGAGAUUCAGAAUCAGCAACUGCUAGUGGAUUAACUUAUUUUUUACUAGGAGGAUUAUCUUCUUGUUUUAUAUUACUAGGUUCAGCUUUACUAUAUGUUAAUUCUGGUACUACUAAUUUAGAUAAUAUAUAUGUUAUAAGCAGUAUAAGUGAAAUUGAAGACUUAACUAGUCUUACAUACUGAUACCAACCGUAUUACUUACACUUAUCUUUAAUUAUAUUAUCAGUAGGAUUCUUAUUUAAAGUAAGUGCUGCUCCAUUCCACUUCUGAUCUCCUGAUGUUUAUGAUGGUAUACCUACAAUAGUUACUACUUACGUAGCUAUAGUGGCAAAAAUAUCUAUAUUUGCUUUCUUCUUAGAGUUAGUUUUCUAUACAGAGUAUUCUUAUUUAAACUUCUCCUGAAAAAAUGUAUUAUUGUUAAGUAGUUUAUUUUCUUUAGUAAUAGGUUCUGUUCUAGGUUUAACACAAUUUAGAAUAAAAAGAUUAUUCGCUUAUAGUACUAUUAGUCAUGUAGGGUUUAUUCUAUUAGCCUUAACUAUAAAUAAAGCGGAAUCUAUACAAGCAUAUAUUUUUUAUAUCUUACAAUACUCUAUAUCAAACUUAAACGCGUUUAUAAUAUUAGUAACUAUAGGAUUUACUUUAUAUUUUCAUGUUUAUAAGAAGAAAGAAUAUAAAAAUUUGGUUGAUGCCAACAAUUCACCUAUACAACUUAUUAAUCAAAUAAAAGGUUACUUUUACGUUAAUCCUUAUCUUGCUAUAAGUUUAGCCAUAACUUUAUUUUCAUUUGUAGGAGUUCCUCCUCUAAUAGGAUUCUUUGCUAAACAGAUGGUUUUAAGUGCUGCAUUAGAUAAUGGUUAUGUAUUUAUGACUCUAGUUGCAAUAUUAACUAGUGUUAUAGGUGCUGGUUAUUACCUUAAGAUAGAAAAAUUAGGUCCAGUGUUUAAAUUAGAAAACAAAGAUGAAGCACAGGAGAUGUUUGAAGGUUGUUACAAAGAUAUUUAUAGGGCAUAUGUUUCAGUGAAAGAGGAUUUAUUAUCAGAAAAAGAGGAGAAAUUAGAAGUUUAA